UUUUUUUUUUUUUUUUUAGAGACGGGGUCUCGCUAUGUUGCCCAGGCUGGAGUGCAGUGGCUAUUCACAGGCGCACUACAGCCCAGAACUCCUGGGCUCAAGCGAUUCUCCUGCCUCAGCCUCCCGAGUAGCUGGGACUACAGGCGCGCGCCACCGCGCCCGGCUGAAACAUGCCAUCCUUUAACGCAAUGUAGAAUACGAAGGGUGCACGUCACCUUCACCAUCAACACUUCCUUUGAAUGCAACCUUGAGCUCUUAACUGGAAGCAGGGAGCCCUAG